CCGGUGCUCCUUGUCCUCCUCCUGCUCCUCCCGGUGAUGGCAGCGGGAAGCGGCGCGGCACCCGCCUGGGACGAGGCCGGGUACCUGCUCUACUGUCCCUGCAUGGGCCGCUUCGGUAACCAAGCCGAGCACUUCCUGGGAGCCCUGGCCUUCGCCCGCGCCCUCAACCGGACUCUGGCCGUGCCGCCCUGGAUCGAGUACCGACACCACCGCCCGCCCUACACCAACCUGCACGUCCCCUACUCGGAGCACUUCAGGCUGGAGCCGCUCCGGCGCUACCACCGCGUGAUCAGCCUGGAGCAGUUCAUGGAGCAUCUGGCGCCCCGGCACUGGCCGCCCGGCAGGAGGGUGGCUUAUUGCUUCGAGGCUGCUGCCCAAAGAAGCGCGGACAAAAGCACAUGUCCCAUGAAGGAUGGAAAUCCAUUUGGUCCCUUCUGGGAUCAGUUCCAAGUGGAUUUUGAUAAGUCUGAGCUCUUCAAGGGAAUUUCCUUCAUUCCUGCAUACAAGGACCAUUGGAUCCAAAGGUUUCCACCCUCUGAGCACCCUGUCCUUGCUUUACCUGGAGCUCCAGCCCAGUUUCCUGUCCUGGAGGAGCACAGGCCCCUGCAGAAGUACAUGGAGUGGUCGGAUGCAAUGGUGGAGAAGGGAGAAUCCCAUAUCCAGUCUCUGCUGCUCCGGCCCUACGUCGGCAUUCACCUGAGGAUCGGCUCGGACUGGAAAAAUGCCUGCAACAUGUUAAAGGAUGGGACAGCUGGGCCACACUUCAUGGCUUCACCACAGUGUGUGGGCUACGACCGGAGUGCUGCAGUGCCUCUCACCAUGGACAUGUGCCUGCCAGACCUCAGAGAGAUCAAACGGGCUCUCAAGCUCUGGGUGGCAAAGAUUGAAGCUAAAUCUGUUUAUAUUGCUACCGAUUCCGAGCCAUACACAACAGAAAUACAGCAGUUCUUCCAGGGAAAGCUCAAGGUUGUCAGCUUGCAGCCAGAAGUGCCUCAGAUUGAUCUGUACAUCCUUGGCCAGUCUGACCACUUCAUCGGGAACUGUGUCUCUUCCUUCACUGCCUUUGUGAAAAGAGAGCGUGACAUCCAUGGGAAACCCUCAUCAUUUUUUGGCAUGGACCACCCACCGAGGCUGAGGGAUGAGUUCUGACCAAAGGAGGAAGAGGCUCUGUGGUUCCAGGGCUCUGAGCUGGGUCCUUGGUGCUUCAGCAUUUGCUGUGGGCAGUCACUGCUGGGCUGUGGGAGAGCUCCUGCCCUCCAAUGCUCCUCAUAGUCCCUUCCAGACUGUUCUGUCUGAUCUCUCCAGUGUUUCCAGUGUGAGCUCAGAUAGAGAUUUAAAUCAUGUAGUUUAUAGGAAACUAUAAACUAUAUCUAGUUUUUUUAAGAUGUAGCUUUUAUAGCUCUCCAUUCUCACUACUUGGGAUUCAUCAACAAUCAUGAUGAAGCAGCUGCUCAGAUUUCCUCUUUUCUUUCUCUGUUAAUUCAUAACUCUCACCUGGAGAUCUUUUGAAGCUUUGUGUUCAAAACUGACCAUAAUUGGUUCUUUUUGAGUGUAAAACUUUUGUCAGACAUAUCAGGUUCCCUGAAAAGGUCAUGCAAGGUGAAGCUCAGGACUGAAAAAGCUCUGGCUUUUAUCAAGGACCACAAUUGUCUUACCAGACCUGGGUCACCACAGUGCCUCAGUGUCCCUUCUCCUGUCCAAAGAGAUUCCAUACCCAGUGCUGUGGGGCCCUGGAUCUCUUUGGUGAUGCUGGAGGAGUGCAGUGGGACAUGGUGUAACAUGGCAGCUGCCUAUUCAGCCUCUCUAUAUCAGCCUGGGGCAAGAUGUGUGCAGGGACAUGGGAGCAGAUCUGUCACAGUCAGUCCAGAACUGGAGACUGGGGGCUUGUAGCUUUGUAGCUGUUGGUGUCAGUAAGGUCUGUGGUAGAAGAGAAACUUUGAGGUUUUUAAAAUAGCUUUAGUGAGGUUGGAUAUGUCACACCUGGUCUAUGGUA